AUGCCUCUCCCUCGGCGGCGCCGAGACAGCAGAACGUUCGCAGAGUUGAAGAAGGAUGUGGGCAUCAGCCCGAAAGCAAAGAAACCUGUCGAAGAACCUGCCCCCGAUGAAGGUCCGGAUUGGCUCCCGAGCACGACCGCAUGCGGCCUGAUCCUUCUCGGAUUUCGCUUCUGCUCUGCUGCCUUGAACAAUGUCACGGACUGUGAUGAGUGCUUCAUGUCUUCCUAUAUGGCCGCGGCUUCCAAACAUGGGAAUACUCGCCUGUCUACGCUCUUCGGUCUUUUUUUCUACAUCUUCAUCCAUUUUGCCAAGGCUGCGCCACUGAGCUGGAUUUUUUCGGACAAGCGGUUCAUCUUUUACGGGAUGCGGCAAAUUUUCUCCAUUUUCACGGCGACUGGUGAAUUUUGCCUGUACCGAUCGAUCUGCGCAAGAUUCUCGAGAACUACCGGCACCUUCUUUCUACUGUUCAGCGCCAUCGCGUCCGGAAUGUUCAUCUCAAGUACGGCAUUUCUGCCCUCCACGUUCGCGAUGGUUUUGAACAUGUUUGCAAUGUCGGCUUACCUCGAUGAAAAUUUGUUCUUCGCCGUUUUGUCUACAUGUAUCUCCACAUUUGUCGGAUGGCCAUUUGCGGCAGUUCUGGGAGCGCCAAUUGUGAUCGAUAUGCUUUUCCUGCGCAAGAACAAGCAGAGGAUUGCUUUCUUCGUGUACGCCAUUUUCGCUGCCCUGCUUGUUGGCGUUCCGAUGUACUACUAUGACAGCCACCAUUACGGGAAAUCCAUCUUUGCGCCGCUGAACAUCGUACUUUACAAUGUCAUAUCCGGACACGGGCCCGAGCUUUACGGAGUUGAGCCGAUGUCUUAUUACGUAAAGAACCUGUUUCUCAAUUGGAACUUCAUCGUACCGAUGGCAUUUUGUGGUCUACCGUUGGUGUGGCUGAAUAGGGCACAGGAGCGGGCGUUAGUCAAAUACUACUUGAUUCUCGGAACCUUCUUCGCUUGGAUUGCCAUCUUUUUCUUGACCCCACACAAGGAAGAACGGUUCCUCUUCCCGAUUUACCCGAUGAUUGCCUAUUUGGGAGCUACUUUCGCCUCGGCUGCCACAAGUUUGGUUUCGAAAUUAUCGAGUGGAAAGAUCUUGAGCAAGGCGCAAUUCUAUGCAAUUAUGAUCCUGUUUGCAACUCUGUCCGUCUCACGUACACUCGCCAUCUUCAGAAACUAUUCGGGCAGCAUCCAGAUCUACCACUCGAUGAACGAUUAUUUCAUCGCGGCACGAGGCAAAUUUGACUAUUGUGGCAACGACGUACCAAUUCGCGUCUGUGUGGGAAAGGAAUGGUACCGAUUCCCAUCUUCAUUCUUUUUGCCCGAGGCAGCGUCUGACGGCAAUGGAUGCACGCGUAAGGUGGAAUUGGGAUACCUGAAAAGCUCUUUCCGCGGGAUUUUGCCCCGACCCUGGACUCCUGGAAAAACGCUGCGCGACAUGACGACGGCCAUUCCUGACGGCAUGAACGAUGAGAAUCGGGAAGAAACAGACCGCUACGUUCCACUGUCCACUUGUCAUUACUUGAUCGACUUGGACAGAGAAGAUGCGACCGAGGAGGAGCCAAAUUUCCGAAAAUCGAAACAAUUCGUCGCUCUUCAUUCCAAUAAAUUCCUUCACCCGAACUCGCCGCCGUCCAUCUACCGCUCAUUCUACGUCCCCCAAUUGAGCGAGCAUCAUUGUAAAACCGCCAGCUACACCCUCUACAAAAGCCGACAGCUCCAA